ACACUCAUAAAGAUUCCUUCCACAUUAAACCCUCCAAACACACAUACAUUUUCUUAUUUGUUUUAAUGGACCUCAUUUGACAAGAUUUCUUUCUUUCUUUAAGUGCUUUUAGUUUCAUAAAAUUACUUCCUUUUUGUUCUUCAAUUAGGAACUUCUUUGUUCAUGAAGUUCUUGCUAUUCCAUGAAAGCAAUUUCAUAGGAAAAGAUGUCCCUUCAUACAUUGAACUACUCUGUGGGAAUAAUUGGAGGAGUGUCAUCCAAUGCCACACUUAAUUUCAUAAAAAAGCUCGUUAACAUGAGCAACGAGGUUAAAAAGGACGAAAAUGGCCUCCCCUUUGUUCUUUGCUCAGAUCCAAUUCUAAACAAGAGCCUACAAGUGAAUGAUCAAACUCAAAUUGUGAAAAUUUUGAGACAAAAAAGAGUUUUCCUUGAAAAAUCUGGAGCUCGUUGUAUUGUGAUGCCAUGUCACAUAUCACAUUCAUGGUAUGAUCAAGUUUCAAAAGAUUCUUCUGUUCCUAUACUACAUAUGGGUGAAUGUGUUGCAAAACAGCUUAAAGAAGCUAAGUUAAAACCAUUAGAAGCUGGAAGUCCUUUGAGAAUUGGGGUUCUUGCCACCAAUGAAACCCUAAAAGCAGGAUUCUAUCAAGAAAAACUUCAAAAAGAGGGUUUUGAGGUUGUGGUGCCAGAUAAAGCUACAAUGGAACACACGAUAAUUCCAUCAAUGGAAGCAAUAAGAAGAAAAGAUGUAGAAGGAGCACAGAAUCUGUUGAGAAUUGCUUUACAGGUGCUUCUUGUGAGAGCUGUGAACAUGAUCAUUCUUGCAUCUGAUGAUUUGAGGGAAAUUUUGCCACAUGAUGAUCCGUUGUUGAAAAAAUGUGUUGACCCUUUGGAUUCUUUAGCUAGGUCAACCAUUAAGAUUGCUCAAUCUUCUACAGAAGGUUCUUAACAUAGAAGGAAAUGGAUAAUUGGUGCAUUAGUGGUUUGUGUAUUGCUAAGAAUAGAGAUCUUGAUACCAUUUGUGAUUCUGGAU